CCUGAAUCAGAAUUUGUAAUCAAGGUCCAAGAUAUCAACGACAAUGAGCCCAAGUUCCUGGAAGGACCAUAUACAGCCAGUGUUCCCGAGAUGUCACCAGUAGGGACAUAUGUGACGCAAGUAACAGCCACAGAUGCAGAUGACCCUACCUAUGGAAACAGUGCCAGAGUGGUGUAUAGCAUCCUCCACGGGCAACCCUAUUUCUCUGUUGAUCCCAAAACAGGGGUUAUAAAGACAGCCUUGCCCAAUAUGGACAGAGAGGUGAAGGAACAGUACCAGGUAUUAAUCCAGGCCAAGGACAUGGGGGGCCAGCUGGGGGGACUGGCUGGGACCACCACCAUCAACAUCACCCUCAGCGAUGUCAACGACAACCCGCCCAGGUUCUCUAAAAGUUUCUUUCACUUGAGAGUUCCUGAAUCGUCUACAGUGGGCUCCGCUGUUGGGAGAAUCAAAGCCCAUGACCUGGACAUCGGAAAAAAUGCAGAAGUGGAGUACACAAUCGUGCCGGGCGAUGGAGGCGCCAUGUUUGAUAUCACUACCAAUGAACACAACCAGGAGGGGAUCAUCAUUCUCCGAAAGCCUCUGGACUAUGAAACAAAGAAGGCAUAUACCUUUAAGGUAGAUGCUUCCAACGCUCACCUGGAUCCAAGAUUUCAGAGCUCUGGGGCCUUCAAAGACACAGCAACAGUGAAGAUUAACGUUUUGGAUGUGGAUGAGCCUCCAGUGUUCAAUAAGCCCUCCUAUGUGAUGGAUGUGUAUGAGGACACACCUGCGGGGACCAUCAUCGGAGCAGUGACUGCACAGGAUUUGGAUGCCAGCAGCAGCCCAGUCAGAUAUUCCAUUGACUGGAAGACCGACUUGGACAGCUACUUUGACAUUGAUCCAGUGGAGGGAACGAUUUCCACGAACGAACUUCUCGACAGAGAAAACAUCGCCCAACACAAUAUCUCCAUCGUAGCAACAAAACUCACUGUCUUCACUUCCAUGACCAUGGCUGUGUCCCAAUUCAGACUCUGCACGCCUGAAGUGAUACAAUCUUUCAGUGCAAAAGACCAGGACUUACCAAGCGCUGGACAACAGUUCUCCUUCAGAUCGCCAAAAGAAGAUCUGAAAAACAGGAAUUUUACCAUCCGAGACUUUGGAAGCAGUGCAGAGGCCAUCUUUCUUCCUGUGGGUCUAAGCACAGGAGCGCUGAUUGCUAUACUUCUAUGUAUCAUCAUCCUGCUCGUUAUUGUAGUCCUCUACGUGGGAUUGAGACGGCAGAAGAAGAAGGAAACCCUUAUGUCAUCCAAAGAGGACAUCCGGGAUAAUGUGAUUCACUACGAUGAUGAAGGAGGGGGAGAAGAGGACACGCACGCGUUCGACAUGGGGACGCUUCGCAAUCCCAAGGUUGUCAAAGACAACCUGUACCGCAGGGAUGUCAAGCCUGAGAUGAAAAGAGGUACCAGGCCGCCUGUCUCUCAGGACAGCGCAGACAUCCGAGACUUCAUCAACCAGCGUCUGAAAGAGCAUGACACGGACAACUCAGCCCCGCCGUACGACUCCUUAGCAACAUACGCUUACGAAGGAGAUGGCUCUGUAGCUGAGUCGCUAAGCUCCAUCGAGUCCCUCGCAAUAGACCUCGAGGAGGACUAUGAUUACCUCACUGACUGGGGGCCCCGCUUUAAGACACUGGCGGGGAUUUUCGGGGAACAGGCAGAAACUCAGUCGAACUCAGCAACCACAGAGAACGCACAUUGAUGUUGUUCACAGACUCAAAAAGCAAAUAUGUAACAAUAUUCUUUUUGUUGGCUCAAAUGUUUCACCAUUACUUUCUUCCCAUGUUUUCCAUUAUUAAUGUUUUGGGGAUUUUUUUUUCAGCUGUUUUCUAUUUCAUUGGUGCUUCACCAUGCUCAGUCCCCAAAUUGUCUCAAAAAAUACAAAAAAAAAAUAGAAAGAAAGAACAUAUGAUAACAUAAGUAGAUGAGCUAAGCAGUCAUUCAAUUUCCUUUCGGCUGAAUAUUGUUUCUCGUCUUACAUUUUAUUUCCUCUCGGGGAUCACGCAUAGACACGGAAAUGUUGCCGUUUCCAACAACAUCCUUUAAAGUGCCUCAAUAUAAUUGUUCUUUCACUUGCUAUUUCAUGCCACAUGUCCAGUGAUGUUCUUUUGAGCCCCAUAGAUAAAUUCAGUCAGCACUGUGCUCCGACUGGCAGAAGCAUCUACCAACACCAAUGUAACUCUGUGGGGACAAUGAGGUGGCCCAAGUUUGGCCAAAGAUGUUUUGAAUGUUAUUUAUUGUUCUAUUUAUUUAUUGGCUGAUUGAGUUUGAUUCGAUUUUUGUGUAUUUAUCUAUUUAUCUCUCAGUCAUCGAUCUGUAUUUUUAUUUUUGGAGACACUUGAGGAUUUUGUAAUUAAUCGAGGCCCACUUGAAAAUGUAUGUUUCUAUUAGGUGGGUCCUGUGAAUAGACUUGUACUAGAGUUGUAAAAAAAAAAAAAGAGAGAGAAAUUAGGGCUAAAUACUGCAGUUGAGUCAUGUAAGCACUGUUUUGUUAAAUAAACCACACUUGGAUAGAA